AUGGCGACGCUGCCGGAGCCCGGCGCGCGCAGCCUCCAUGCAGGUGGCAGCGGGCAGCGGUGCCCCACGCCGUCACCGCCGGGCUCGCCGGGGACGCGCCACAGCUGCAGCAUCGCCCCGCUGACGCCCUCCCCGUCCCCGAGGAGCGAGGCGCGCGCCGCCCCGGCCGCCUCCUUCGCCGUGGUGGUGGCCAUCGACUUCGGCACCACGUCCAGCGGCUACGCCUUCAGCUUCCGCAGCGACCCCGAGGCCAUCCACAUGAUGAGGAGAUGGGAAGGUGGCGACCCAGGGGUGGCCAACCAGAAGACGCCCACCAGCCUGCUGCUGACGCCGGCGGGAGCCUUCCACAGCUUCGGCUACACGGCCAGGGAUUACUACCACGACCUGGACCCCGAGGAGGCCCGCGACUGGCUCUACUUUGAGAAGUUCAAGAUGAAGAUCCACAGCACCAGCGACCUCACCAUGCAGACGGAGCUGGAGGCCGUCAACGGGAAGAGGGUGCGGGCGCUGGAGGUGUUCGCCCACGCGCUGCGCUUCUUCAAGCAGCACGCCGUGCAGGAGCUGCAGGAGCAGUGCCCGGCGCUGCCCGAGAGCGGCGCCGUGCGCUGGGUCAUCACCGUGCCCGCCAUCUGGAAGCAGCCGGCCAAGCAGUUCAUGCGGGAGGCCGCCUACGAGGCCGGGCUGGUGUCCCUGGAGCACCCGGAGCAGCUGCUGAUCGCGCUGGAGCCCGAGGCCGCCUCCAUCUACUGCAGGAAGCUGCGGCCGCACCAGCUGCUGGAGCUGAGCCCCCCGCCGGCCGCGCGGGCCCCCGAGCGCACCCCCGACUCCUCCUUCCGGCAGGCCCGGGAGCAGCUCCGGCGCUCCCGCCACAGCCGGACCUUCCUGGUGGAGUCGGGCGUCGGGGAGCUCUGGGCGGAGAUGCAGGCAGGGGAUCACGGCCCGUGCAUGGACGGGGGAGGGGGUCUGACCCAUGUGGUGGUCUGACCCCCACCCUGCCACCGCCCAGGGGGCCCCUACGGCGCCGUGGGGGUGGACCUGGCCUUCGAGCGGCUGCUGUGCCGCAUCUUCGGCGAGGAUUUCAUGGGCGCCUUCAAGGCGAAGCGCCCGGCCGCCUGGGUGGACCUGAGCAUCGCCUUCGAGGCGCGCAAGCGCGCGGCCGCCCCCGCCCGCUGCAGCCCCCUCAACAUCUCCCUGCCCUUCUCCUUCGUCGACUUCUACCGCAAGCACCGCGGCCACAACGUGGAGACGGCCCUUCGGAAGAGCAAUGUCACCAUGGUCAAGUGGUCGUCGCAGGGGAUGCUGCGCCUGUCGCCCGAGGCCAUGAGCGAGCUCUUCCAGCCCACCAUCAGCCAGAUCGUGGCGCACAUCGGGGAGCUGCUGCGCAAGCCCGAGGUGCAGGGCGUCAAGUUCCUGUUCCUGGUGGGCGGCUUCGCCGAGUCGCCCAUGCUGCAGCACGCCGUGCAGGCGGCGUUCGGCGGCGCGUGCCGCGUCGUGGUGCCGCAGGACGUGGGCCUCACCAUCCUCAAGGGCGCCGUGCUCUUCGGCCUCGACCCCGGCAUCGUGCGCGUGCGCCGCUCGCCGCUCACCUACGGCGUGGGCGUCCUCAACAAGUUCGUGGAGGGCAAGCACCCGCGCGAGAAGCUGCUGGUGAAGGAGGGCAAGGAGUGGUGCACGGACGUCUUCGAGAAGUUCGUGGCCGCCGAGCAGUCGGUGGCGCUGGGCGAGGUGGUGCAGCGCAGCUACUGCCCGGCGCGCGCCGGCCAGCGCCGCACCAUCAUCAACGUGUACUGCAGCGCCCGCGACGACGUCGCCUACAUCACGGACCCCGGCGUGCGCAAGUGCGGCACCAUCAGCCUCGAGCUGGACGGCGCCGACGAGGCCGGCGGCGCGCGCGGGCGCCGCGAGAUCCGCGCCACCAUGCAGUUCGGCGACACCGAGAUCAAGGUCACCGCCGUGGACGUGAGGACGGCCAAGACGGUCCGGGCCACCAUCGACUUCCUCUCCAACUGACCGGCCCGGGGACCCGCUCGCUCGGAGCCCUGGCCCUUGC